AUUUGCAGGUCCGCUGAAUGGGAGGUUGUAUUUCGUGUAUAUAAAUAACUAUGAUCGUUUCUUCUCAAAUCGAUGUGAAAUAAGAGUAUAACAGGACAUUAAAAACAGAAAUAUUCGAGAAGCUAAAAUGGUGCAUACAGAUCUGGCAAUGGCCGUGUUAUUGUUAGGAAUCGUUUACAGAACACAGGCAGGUUUCAACGAAAACGCAAAAACGAAAGUCGAAAUAACCACCACGCCAAGACCUUGUUCAAAUAAGAGGACAAAGACCGGCGUGCUGGACGUAUAUGAGGAGUGGGUUAAGGGAAAGGGCUGGAUUCUGAGAAGGUGUCCACAUGGUUUCCUUUAUAAGCCAAAAGACUGUGACUGUACGUCGCGAGUGGUGUUACAGAGGAAUUGCAAGCCUGACCUCUUCCUUUCUUUUGAAAACGGCGUUAAUGACCAGUCCCCUAUUGUCAAUGAAAUUCAAAGUAAAAAUGUAGAAGUAAUUGAUGGCAAGGCAAUAUUUAAAGCCGAAAGGGGGAGUCAACUUAUCAUUCCACGUUACAAGAACUUCUGCAUUUCGAGUCUUACCAUAAACGUGAAGUACUUUUCUGAACACAAACGCCUCCCACAGACCCAGGCAAUCAUAUCGAACAGCGACUGUGGAAUCGCCCCUUCCAUUGUGUUGUCUGAAGACAGCGCUUAUAUAUACUUCACAGUAGCAACCGACAUGGGAGAGAGAAUAUUAGCCGUCCACCAGCCAUCAUAUACCAACGAUAAGGAUAUUGUACUUACGUAUCACAAUGGCAUUCUUUCUGGUACGGUUAACGACCUCAAGAAAACCCUGGAAAUAAAUGGCAGUGGCAUCAAUCAGGUCCUCUGUGCCCUUCAUGUUGGCAGCGCGCACGAGGACCGUGGACUUAACUUCACUGGAGAAAUCGACGAGCUAAGCCUGUAUCUGUGUGUGUAGUACAUGAUUACCUUCAUAAUAUUUUUUCCGCAUUGAUGCAAUAUUUUUUGUUAAUUUCAUUCAGAAUUGAAUGACCAAUUUCUUAGCUGACCAAUAGGGAAACUCGAUACUGCCGUAUUGAUAAGUUACUGACCAAUUCCUCAGCUGACCAAUGUAACAUAUAUGAAAACUUGACUCUGAUGCAUUGUAAAAUUAGUGUCAAUUUACAUAGUGAUUUAACAAAUAUGUUAUUGAAACUUAUUUUCAAUAUAAGUAACCAUAUGUCCCGAGAAUUGUUACUAAAUAUAAAAAUGGGAACCAAAAUAAAAAAAAAGUAUUGUUACAGACCAGAGCAAUAUAAUUUAAACUUACUUGUCUCUUAAACUUACUUAAUGAGCCGGUAAUUAUUACUAAUUAUUAGAGAGGAGUUCUUAUUUCUUAGCUGACCAAUGCAAAAUAUAGGGAAACUCGAUAUUGGAGAAUUUGUUUUGUUUCUAUAUGGUCAAUAAACUUCACGGUUCAUUGCAUAGUGCUGACCAAUGUAACAUAUAGGGAAACUCUAUAGUGAAAAGUUACAGACCGAUUUCUUAGCUGACCAAUGUAACGUAUAUGGAAACCCGAUAUUGAAAAGUUACUGACCAAUUUCUUAGCUGACCAAUGUAACAUAUAGGGAAACUUGACUAUGAUACAUUGUAAAGUUACUGACCAAAUAUUUACAUUUAUAUUUGUAUUUAAGUAAUAUGUCAUGCACAAUUACUUUUAUUUUUAACUUAAUGUCCCGAGAAUUUGUACUAAAUACAAGAAAAGAAUACCAAGAUUUAAGAAUUUGUUACAGACCAAUUAUUAUCAAAUUAAUUUAGCUAUGUAAUUGAAACUUACUUGUCUUUUUAACUUACUUAAUAAGCCGAUUAUAAUUACUAAAUAUCAGAGAGGAAUUCUUAUUUUUUAGCUGACCAAUGCAAAGUAUAGGGAAACUCGAUAUUGGAGAAUUUGUUCUGAUUUUAUAUGGUCAGUAAACUUUACGGUUCAUUGCAUAGUGCUGACCAAUGUAACAUAUGACUAUUUUGCCCAAAAAGUGACUUGUUUGCAUAGUGAAAACAGGUUUAUCAUACUCAAACAAAGUUGCAAUAUUAAAAACCAGUGACAUCAAUAUCUGAGUUGUUGUUCUUUUGCUUUCAAUGGUUUAUACAAAUGAACUAGUUCAUGUAUAUGGAAAUGUACUUUACUUUAAACCCAUUGACAGCAGUGCUUGUGCAAGAACUGUUACUUUGGUUUGCCUUAUUUAUGUCUUUUCCCGAGUAAGCAAGAGACAUAUUGAUUAAGUGCUUUCUGUCUGUCCCAAAAAUUUUGUCCCCUGUAAAACUUAUUGUUGUACUGAAACCUGGAAGAAGUGUUUAAAAUAAACUGUAAUUGUG